AUGAGUACUUUUGAACCAGUUUUCGUUGUUGAUGGUAAGGGACAUUUAGUUGGUCGUUUAGCCUCCAUUGUUGCUAAGCAAUUACUAAAUGGUCAAAAAGUUGUUGUUGUUAGAACUGAAGCUUUAAACAUUUCUGGUGAAUUCUUCAGAAACAAAUUAAAGUACCACGACUACUUGAGAAAGGCUACUAUCUUCAACAAGACCCGUGGUCCAUUCCAUUUCAGAGCCCCAUCCAGAAUCUUCUACAAGGCUGUUAGAGGUAUGGUUUCCCAUAAGACUGCUCGUGGUAAGGCUGCCAUGGAAAGAUUAAAGGUCUUUGAAGGUAUUCCACCACCAUAUGACAAGAAGAAGAGAGUUGUUGUUCCAAAUGCUUUGAGAGUCUUGAGAUUGAAGCCAGGUAGAAAAUACACUACUUUGGGUCAAUUAUCCUCCUCUGUUGGUUGGAAGUACGAAGAUGUUGUCUCCAAGUUGGAAGACAAGAGAAAGGUCAGAUCUGCCGAAUACUACGCUAAGAAGAAGGCUUUCACCAAGAAGUUUACUUCUGCUAAUGCUGCCGCUUCUGAAUCCGAUGUUGCCAAACAAUUAGCUUCUUUCGGUUACUAA